GCCCACGUUCAGGUAUUUCACAUGGCACACGUGUGUUUUGGGGAUCAUCGGCUGCGCCAUAAUGAUGUUCCUGAUCAACGCCAUCUACGCCUCGGCGAGCAUCGCCUUCAUGCUGCUGCUGCUGCUGCUGAUCCACUACCUGAGUCCUGUCAGCAGCUGGGGAUGCAUCAGCCAGGCACUCAUCUUCCACCAGGUGCGUAAAUACCUGCUGAUGCUGGACGUUCGUAAGGAUCACGUCAAGUUCUGGAGGCCACAGGUGCUGCUGAUGGUGUCCAACCCCAGGUGCAGCGUGGGAUUGAUCACGUUCAUCAACGACAUCAAGAAGAGCGGCCUCUAUGUGCUGGGACACGUGCAGCUCGGAGACCUCGACGUUCUCCCGUCGGAUCCGCUGCAGUCUCAGUACGACUCCUGGUUGUCUCUGGUGGAUCAUUUGAAUAUUAAAGCGUUUGUUAAUCUCACGCUGGCCGACUCUGUCAGACACGGAGUUCAACAUCUUCUGUUCAUAUCAGGACUCGGCGGUAUGCGACCCAACACUCUGGUUUUGGGUUUCUAUGACGACACGCCGCCUCAGGACCAGCUGCAGGACUCCUCUCUGUCGAUGUGCAAAUUCUCUGAGAGCUCUGUUCAAGUCGACGAACCCGAAGAUAAGAGCGAGCCGCCCUUCCAUUUCCCGCCGUUGCGAGGGGGCGUGUCCUUGGGCAGGGGCGGGAAGUCUCUGGGGCCUCAGGAGUACGUGUGCAUCAUCGCAGACGCAGUGAAGAUGCUGAAGAACGUGGCUUUGGUGCGAUAUUUCGAUCAGUUCGAUCGUACGCAGGCGCUCCAGGGGCCCGUGUUUGUCGAUGUGUGGCCGGUGAAUCUUCUGCGACCCGACAGCGCCGCGUAUGUCGACACGUGCUCGCUGUUUUUGCUUCAACUCGCGUGCAUUCUCAACAUGACGAGGGCGUGGCAGAAAGCUAAGCUCCGCCUCUUUUUAUGCGUGGAGGAGGGGCGGAGCCUUAAAGGGACGGAACAGAAGCUCAAAAAUCUCUUGAAAGAUCUCCGAAUGAAGGCGGACAUCUGCACGGUUCCCUGGGAUUCCCAAGUCGCGCUUCAUUGGCAGCGUCAGACGCGUUCGGAAAAAAUCGAAGAGACGGAAAGCGAAGAGGACGGAGUCGAAGACGAUAAAGAAUUUGCGAACAGCUUCCCUAGCAACACCUCGCGAGUGUCAGACGAGUAUUUACAAGCGGUUAACCAACUCAUCCUGGACCAGACGCUCCGCCCCCCUGCUGUCCGCUUCCUGUAUUUGCCCCGCCCCCCUGCCGACACCAGCCGUUACCAUGACUACCUGCAUCAGCUAGAGCUGCUCACGUGUAACCUGGGUCCGACCCUCCUGAUCCACGGGGUCACGCCGGUCAUCACCACCGACCUUUGACCUCCGGGUUCUAAUCACAUAAACGAAUCUAUAAGAUACGAAACGCGUUCGGUUGAUUAUUUUCCGCAUUUUUCGAGCACUUCGCAUGUUUACUUCGAAGGAUGUUAUAAAUCCAUUCCGGUUCUUUCAUCUCUCCUCGUUCUAUUCUUUUCUCGGAUUGUAACAAUGUAACAUUCCUGGAAUUCCAGAAUGUUGCCGCGUGAUAUUCCGGUGCUGUCCCUGAAUGUUUUUCAAUGCCAACUGGAAUGUUUUACGAUGUUUUUAGACACUCCAGAAGUAUUUUGCAUUUCAACAACAAAAGUACAAAGAUUUGUGAGUGUGUUUGUUUACUUGAUGCAAUAAUAAUAAUGUUUUUUGAAGCCUCUUGCCUUCAGUGAUACUACUGAGUUUUACAGUUUUACUGACACCAAACCAAAGUGCUUUGUGUCGUGUGUGUGUGUGUGUGUGUGUGUGUGUGUGUUUGGGGUCCACACGUGUUACAAUAAUAAACACACACACGACUAACAAACAGUACGACAGUAUACCUCCAAAUCACACUCCAUUUUGUGUUUGAAGCAUUUUUAAUAUGCAAUCAUUUUAAGCACUGUAAAAUUGAAGUAUAUAUAAAAAAAAAUUGUUUAGUAAUUGAAUAAAAAUAAAUAAUGUUUGCUUCCUGAUUGUUGUUGAUUUGCUUAUUUGAAUCGAAGGUAGUUAAAUUAAUUUUGCAAUCAUUUAUUGCAAUUAUUUAAAAUAGUUUAACUUUUUUUCUACUCAGUAUUAUGUUAAUUGAACACAUUACUGACACUGUUUAUUAUUUGUGUAAAUUCUUAGAAACACAUUUUUUUGGUUGCAUUUCAUUGCAAAAAAAAUAUAUUGUUUGUAAUGCAUCUAUUUUUCACGAGUGCCAAUUUUGAUUCUCAUUGCUGUAAUAAAAUAUCUGUUUUGCAGAUGUUUUACUGUUAAUAUAUGCUACAAUACAAUGUUUGUUUUCUCUAUUCAUAUCACAAAUUAAAGUUAGUAUAAGAAAUGCCA